AUGGUCCAGCAGGCUGUACAGGGAGGAGCUCCAGCUGCUUACGACCAAGAAAUGGAGAGGCUAACCGCUAAAGAAUCCCUUCUUCUUGCUUUUUCAAUUGAGUGUGUGUUUGAACUUGAUUUAUCUGAAGAUCAGGACAAUAUCAACACCAGAAAUGGCGAUGGUUUGGCUGAUGAUCAUAGUCAUGAGAACCGAAGUGAUAGCUCUGAUGCUCAUCCAGGAUUUGAAGAGAGUGAUUCUUCUGAAGAUGAGGUUGCUCCUCGAAAUACAAUUGGAGAUGUGCCCUUGGUGUGGUAUCGGGAUGACAAACAUAUUGAUUCUUUUCACAUACAAUUAUCUGUGUUUCAAAUGCAGCCUUAUGUUGACUGGUUCAAAUGGGAUGGUGCUAAACAUCCCCUUUCAAAUGCACCUGAACCCAAGAGACGCUUCACUCGUUCAAAGAGCGAAGAUAAAAUGGUUGUUCGCUAUUGUCGGGCUAUUCGUAAGGGGUUGAUUAAAUUUGAUGAGCCUAAAGAAGAACCAUCUGUCUUCCUCUUGUGGGGAGAUGAAUCCAACUCUAACGAAAAGUCUGGGCAUUUAGCUUAUAUUCCUGCGCCGAAGCCGAAAUUGCCAGGGGAUGCUCAACCAGUGAAAUGGGCCAUGAGAUUGAGGGUGGCUUUGCAUCUGACACAAGCUCUGGAGUACUGUAGCAACAAAGGGCGUGCAUUGUAUCACAAUCUCAAUGCCUACAGGGUUUUAUUUGAUCAGGAGACCAACUAUGUUCCGAUUACGAGAGGAAACAGAGUUGUCCUAAUGAUUAACGGUUUAGGUGUCACUCCUGUGAUGGAACUGAUGAUUGCUUCUGGAAAAGCAGUACCAAAGUUGCAACUGGAGCAUGGACUGGCGGUUGAUAGAGUGUAUACAGGAUCAUUUAUGACUUCUCUUGAUAUGGCAGGUUUCUCGAUUUCCAUCAUGAAAGCGGAUCAAGCUAUUUUGCAAAUUUUGGAUGCUCCAACUAAAGCUCCAGCUUGGCCUGUUGGUGUUGACGGUAGUCAUCCACCACCCAAGAUUCCUGUUCCAGUCCCUCCAUCUCGUUCUACAAAGAGUGAUGACGAACUUGUUACUGCUUGGGUUGUCAUCUUGGCUUGCCUUGUCCAUGGGUUUGUUACAGUCUUAGUUGCUAGUGAAGCUCAUGCAAUAACUCUGGCUUUUGAGGGUUUGUUAGGAGUUGUGUUUACAGUGGCUGGAUUAACAGAUGAAGCAAUGAAUCUUGGUGAGGUCUUUGUUAAUUUUUAA